AUGUGCAGUGACAUUUCUGACUUGAGUGGAGGAAUGCGAGAAGGAAGCCCGGGUGAAAUUGUUACUAGAGGAUCUUCUUGCGAGAAGUGGCAGAGGCAGUGGCGCGAGGAGGCGCGGAGGAGAGCCGGCAAGCGGGGGACUGGGCUGGCAAGACCUCCCGAAGGCUGCGAUUUCAUUAUUAAUAUCACUAUAUAUUUUUGGAGGGAGAGGCACCUUUCUCAUCCUCUCUUCCUCUCCGCCCACCCCUGUUCCCUCCCCCUCAUCUACCUGUCAAAGUCACUGAUCUUUUGCAUUUCGGAAGAGGACGUCAACGGGAAGGAAUUCCCCCUCUCGGCGAGGGCUCCGAGAGGGGGCGACGCGCAGGAAGGCUCCCCCUCAGGGGCCCGCGACGAAGGGUGUUGGUGCCAGAAGGAAAGAAUGAUUGAUGAGAAACAGACACCCGGCUAUAGACACUCAUCCUUUUGCUUCAGAUACUGAUACCCUAGUGUGUCUGAGCAUCCUUUGUGAGCAGUGAGCACUGAGGAUCACCCAGGGUUAUCGGAUGUACAACAGGAGAGCCAUCACUUUGCUAAAUCAUUCUCUGCCACUGGACAUCUUUUACAAAAACCAAACCAGACCCGAGUCUAAUAGAUAUGUUCUAGGACAACGAAAAAGCUGCAAGUUGUUGUCAACGCCUAAUGCGCAAGUAUGUUAGGCUUCCACCAAAGUCCUCAAUAUACCUGAAUACGCACAAUAUCGACCCUUCACUUUAAAUUUGGAAUCUA